CGCGCUCAGAGCGGGUGUCCCGGGGAGGCGCGCCCCGCGGCGGCCUGGGGGAAGGUGGCGCUGGGCCGCCCCGCCCCUGACCCGCCCCCUGCCGGGGCUCUGCGGCCGCGGGGACCCGAGUGCGCGGCUGGAGCAGCGCCCGAGAAUACUUGUUACCAUAUCGGAUGGACUGCUGAGCCACUGAAUAACUUUCAUCUUUCAACCACCCUUGGAAAUUGCUCAUGGAGUUGAGAUAUUUAUUGCAGUGAUUUUGGCCAUUCAAAGUUGAGGCUGAAUGCACUUGGAAACUUGAUGCAUAAAAUUUGCAUGACUCCUUUACUCCUUUCUGGAUCUGUUCCUGGAUUCAAGCCAACAUGGCUCACACCACAAAGGUUAAUGGCUGUGCUUCUGAAGGAAAAGCAGAUGGUGUUUUGAAUGGAGACCAUGACAGGGAACAGAAAGACCCUUAUUUUGUGGAGACUCCCUAUGGUUAUCAACUAGACUUAGAUUUCCUCAAAUAUGUGGAUGACAUACAGAAAGGAAAUACAAUCAAGAAGGUGAACAUCCAGAAGCGGCGGAAGCCUUCUGCACCAGGCUCAGAGUCCAGGGCCACGCCUGGCCAGCGGGGAUUAUGGGCCUCCACCGAAUCGCUUUCGUCCUCCAACAGUGAGGAGAGCAAGCACUGCCCCAUCUUCCCGAUAGCCAGGAGCCAGGUGACAUCCACUCCCAUCCCAAGGCCCCCUGGCCCCCUGGAGACCUCACCCACAUUUCUCACCAUCCCAGAAAGCCGACACCUCCCACCACCCUCACCCCAGCUCCCCAAGCACAACCUUCAUGUCACCAAGACACUGAUGGAGACUCGGAGAAGGUUGGAACAGGAGAGAAUCAGCAUGCAGGCGGUGCCGGGAGACUUCCGGCGGCCCAGGCUGGCCAGCUUUGGAGGGUUGGACUCCACAAGCUCUCUCUCCUCCUAUGUUGGUUCUGGAAACCACAACCCUGCCACACAUCUGCUUCAGAAUGGACACCAGGGCAAUGGGGACUUUGGGGGCUAUGCCCUAGCCACAGCCACCGCCUCCUCCAUGGGAAGCUCCAUCCGCCACAGCCCCCUGAGCUCUGGAGUCUCCACACCGGUGACCAACGUGAGCCCCAUGCACCUACAGCACAUCCGAGAGCAGAUGGCCGUGGCCCUGAAGCGCCUGAAGGAGCUGGAGGAGCAGGUGCGCACCAUCCCUGUGCUGCAGGUGAAGAUCGCUGUCCUGCAGGAGGAGAAGAGGCAGCUGGCCUCCCAGCUAAAAAGCCAGAAAGCCGCCUCCCAGGGUGAGGCCUGUGGCGUACGGAAGCGGUCCUACAGUGCUGGCAAUGCCUCCCAGCUGGGGCAACUCUCUGGGGUGCGCAAAAGAGGGGGGGAGCUCUACAUAGACUAUGAGGAGGAGGAGGAGAUGGAGAGCGUGGAGCAAAGUGCACAGAGGAUCCAGGAGUUCCGGCAGCUCACGGCUGACAUGCAGGCCUUGGAGCAGAAAAUCCAGGACAGUGGCUGUGAGGCCGCCCCGGCAGAGCUCAGGCCCAAUGGGGAACACCGGCCUCCAGAGUCUCGGUCUGUGGCCGUGGGCUCCAACGAGGCCAUGGAGGACAUUGUCAUCUACCGUCGGGCCUCUAGGGAUGCCUCUGUAGGGACGGUCACUGACAGAAGGGAUUUUGGGGUCGGCGUAACAGAGGCCCUGCUUGGUGUGACCACAGAAGCAGACAAAGAAAUUGAGCUGCAGCAGCAGACCAUAGAGGCCUUGAAGGAAAAGAUCUACCGCCUGGAGGUGCAGCUUAAGGAAACCACGCAUGACAGAGAGAUGACGAGGCUCAAACAGGAGCUGCAAGCUGCAGGGUCCAGGAAGAAAGUGGACAAAGCCAUAAUGGCCCAGCCGCUUGUCUUCAGCAAGUUGGUGGAAGCCGUGGUACAGACCAGAGACCAAAUGGCUGACAGCCAUGUAGAGAUGGUGGACACAUGUGUUGGGACCUCUGUGCAGAUGAACAGUGUGGGCAUCUCCUGCUGGCCCCACUGUGGGCAUCAAGCAGUGGGCCCUGAGCUGCCCAUGAAUCGAUGGAUUGUUAAGGAAAGGGUGGAUAUGCACGACCGGUGUGCUGGGAGGUCGCUGGAGACUCAUGACCAGGCCGUGGGUGUGGAGAUCAGCGUCUGUGAAACGGGCAGCAACACGGAGGAGUCCGUCAAGGACCUGACUCUGCUUAGGACCAACCUGAGUCUCAAAGACGUGAGAUCCAUCGGGUGCGGGGACUGCUCUGUGGAUGUGACUGUCUGUUCACCCAAGGAGCAUACCUCCCAGGGUGUGAACACGGAGGCUGCUGAGCAGGCCGAAGCCUCGGUCAUGGCCGUUCCUCAUACCCUGACCCAGCACACCAGUACGGUUCUAGAGCAGGUGCACCAGUGCACUAACACUGAAUCAGCCAUCCUGGCAGAAUCCUGCACCAACACCUUCCUCAGCACUCAGGACAAGCAGACUGGCACACAGGCUGUGGAGAUGCGGACAGUAGCCGUUGGAGAAGGCCGAGUCAAGGACAUCAUAUCCACUGUGAAAAUGAGGUCCAUCGGUGUGGGAACGCUGCUCUCUGGCGAUUCUGGCUUUGACAGGCCGUCCUCUGUCAAGACCAAGGAAUCCGGAGUGGGGCAGACAAGCAUUCACGACAACUAUCUGGUUGGUCUCAAGAUGAGGACCAUCGCUUGUGGCCCAGCCCAGUUGGCUGUGGGGCUCUCAGGUGGCAGGAGAAGUGUUGGUGUUGGAAUCGAGUCCGUGGGCGAGUUACUGGAGGGUCCUCCACCCCCGGCUCUGGGUGGAAUGGUGACGGGCUUGGACCACUACAUUGAGCGGGUCCAAAAGCUGCUGGCGGAACAGCAGACACUGCUGGCUGAGAACUACAGUGAACUAGCGGAAGCUUUUGGGGAACCCCACUCACAGAUUGGCUCCCUCAACUCACAGCUCAUCAGCACCCUGUCUUCUAUCAACUCUGCUGUGAAGUCUGCAAGCACGGAGGAGCUCAGGAACCCUGACACCCUGAAGCUGAGCCUGGGGAAAGUCACAGGCAGUAAUCUGGAAUGUGCUUGCAAGUGUGGAGGCCUUCAAUCAAGAGGGUCACUGAGCACCCAGAAACCCCAGCAAGAGGUGGGGACCCCGGAUGGGAAGACCUUGCCUGCUCAGGAAAACACGCUGCCUCCAGUGAACCUGACGGAUGACCAGAUAGCUGCUGGCCUCUACGUAUGUGCAAAUAAUGACAGUACUCUGAAGUCCAUCAUGAAGAAGAAGGAUGGUAACAAAGAUUCAAAUGGAACUAAAAAGAAUCUUCAGUUUGUUGGCAUUAAUGGAGGGUAUGAAACAACUUCAAGUGAUGAUUCCAGCUCAGAUGAGAGCUCUUCUUCCGAGUCAGAUGACGAAUGUGAAGUCACUGAGUAUCUUCCUGAGGAAGAGGAGGAAGAAGAGGAGGAAGAGGAGGAGGAGGAUGAAGGCCCUCGGGGAAUGGCAGAAGGGCACCAUGCAAUUAAUAUUGAAGGUUUCAAGUCCAUGAGGGUGGAAGAUGAAAUGCAGGUUCAGGAAUGUGAACCUGAGAAGGUGGAAAUCAGAGAGAGGUAUGAAUUAAGUGAAAAGAUGUUGUCUGCGUGCAACUUGCUGAAAAAUAAUAUCAAUGACCCCAAAGCUUUGACCAGUAAAGACAUGAGGUUCUGCCUGAACACACUCCAGCAUGAGUGGUUCCGAGUGUCCAGUCAGAAGUCCGCUGUACCAGCCAUGGUGGGGGACUACAUUGCUGCUUUUGAGGCCAUCUCUCCGGAUGUACUCCGCCAUGUCAUCAACAUGGCUGAUGGCAACGGCAACACUGCCCUUCAUUACAGCGUGUCCCACUCCAACUUUGAGAUUGUCAAGCUGCUCUUGGAUGCUGAUGUGUGUGACGUAGAUCACCAGAACAAGGCAGGCUAUACACCCAUCAUGCUGGCAGCCUUGGCCGCUGUGGAGGCAGAGAAGGACAUGCAGGUUGUGGAGGAACUCUUUGGCUGUGGGGAUGUGAAUGCCAAAGCCAGCCAGGCAGGCCAGACGGCACUGAUGCUGGCAGUCAGCCAUGGGCGCAUCGACAUGGUGAAGGGCCUGCUGGCCUGUGGGGCCGAUGUGAACGUGCAGGACGACGAAGGCUCCACGGCGCUCAUGUGCGCCAGUGAGCACGGCCAUGCCGAAAUUGUCAAACUACUGCUGGCCCAGCCAGGCUGCAACGGCCACCUGCAGGACAACGACGGCAGCACCGCACUCUCCAUCGCUCUGGAAGCCGGACACAAAGACAUCGCUGUGCUGCUGUAUGCCCACGUCAACUUUGCAAAAGCCUCGUCUCCGGACAGAGAGAAAUUAAGAGGGAGUGGGGGUAGAGAGGGAGAGAAAGAGAUACCUGGAGUCCUGCUUCACCGCUCAUGAAGUGUCCCCUCCUGCAGCAAGUGGGCACACCUAGACUUGGAAGGAAGACAUCUCCUGGUCCCACCCACAGAGGCUCCUUUGAUUGAUUAUGUGCAAAUAGUCAAGGAUUUAAAGGCCACCAUUAAGCUGCUAAUUGUUCCUGUUGGGGUGACAGAUACUGAAUGUAUAUGCCUUGUGCCUGAGCUCACCAGCAGACAGAGGGCUGGAGCUUGCACCAGGGAUGCUUGACCAGCAGAAGACAGCCUGCAUCGCAUACACCGACUCCUCUCUGGCUGUCAGGCCUUUGCGUGUGGGCACACUGUCCCCUGCUCUCUGAUGCUGAGCCCCUGCUCCGUUAUGUACUGUGCUAGGAAACUGUACCAUGAUCUGGGCUGGCAACUUUGAUCUCUUUUCUCCCUUCUGAGAAGCGACAGGCUCUUGUUGGUACAGCAUUUUUUUCCCCACAAGUAUUUAUAUUCACUUGGUGUGGAUGCAUUGGAAAGCUCUUUGAAAACUCCAGGAUGGUUUUUAUUAAUUUCUCUUUUGUCUGUACUGUUUUUAAAGUAAGAAAGUUGAGGUGAUUUUUUUUUUAAUUGUCCUGGGCUGGUAAGUUUCUGGAUAAAAAAAUAAAUAAAUAAAAGAUGGAACUCUCAAGAAGUAUAAAACAUAACAACGUAACUGGUUUUUGUUGGUUCUAUCUAGGUGGAUGUAUUAUAUGACUUUUCAUAUAUAAAAGAUAUCGAAAUACAAUUGACACAGUAUUUUCAACUUUUAUACUCCAUAGUAAGAGCAUGAAGAGCUACAGGUGACAUUACCAUAUUUUGAUUAAUUGCACAGCUGUAUCAAAUGACAAAAGCCAAAUUGUGUUGGAGCAAUUGGCUGUGUAUUUGCCUCUAUAGAGAGAAACAUACGAUAGUUCUCUUGCCUAUUUAUGGAUGCCUUUCUACCAUGUCACAUUUACUUUGGUCUUAUAUGUAUUUAAGUGUUUGAAGUGCCUUAGACUCUUGCCAUAUUUUCAAAAUAAAAUUCCAUUAAGCUCU